AGCUCCUCAGAGGGGCCUCACUGACUCCUGGGUCCCUGUCACCUACAUCUCAUCCUUCGUUGUCUUCUACAUGCUGGUCCUGUCUAGUAAAUAUUUACCUCCCCUUCUAGAACAUCAGCUCCAGGGGGCUCCCCUCCAUGCCCCCGGUUCCUAGACCAGUUCCUGGCACCUCAUCGGAAAGCAAGGAGGACAUGGCCACUAAGGAGAAGCUGCAGUGUCUGAAAGACUUUCACAAAGACAUCCUGAAGCCGUCCCCGGGGAAGAGCCCAGGCACGCGGCCCGAAGAUGAGGCUGAGGGGAAGCCGCCUCAGAGGGAGAAGUGGUCCAGCAAGAUCGACUUUGUGCUCUCUGUGGCUGGCGGCUUCGUCGGCUUGGGCAACGUCUGGCGUUUCCCGUACCUCUGCUACAAAAAUGGUGGAGGUGCAUUUCUUAUACCAUAUUUUAUUUUCCUGUUUGGCGGCGGCCUGCCUGUGUUUUUCCUAGAGGUAAUCAUAGGCCAGUACACCUCUGAAGGCGGCAUCACCUGCUGGGAAAAGAUCUGCCCCUUGUUCUCUGGCAUCGGCUAUGCCUCCAUUGUGAUUGUGUCCCUCCUGAACAUCUACUAUGUCAUCAUCCUGGCCUGGGCCACUUACUACCUGUUCCAGUCUUUCCAGUCGGAGCUGCCCUGGGCACACUGCAACCACAGCUGGAACACACCCCAGUGUAUGGAAGACACUAUGCGCAAGAACAAGAGCCUGUGGGUCACGCUGAGCGCCAGCAACUUCACCUCGCCUGUCACCGAGUUCUGGGAGCGCAACGUGCUGAGCUUGUCUUCUGGAAUCGACGACCCUGGCUCCUUAAAGUGGGACCUUGCUCUCUGCCUCCUCCUGGUCUGGCUGGUCUGCUUCUUCUGCAUCUGGAAGGGCGUCAAGUCCACAGGGAAAGUUGUCUACUUCACGGCCACUUUCCCGUUCGCUAUGCUCCUGGUGCUGCUGGUCCGUGGACUGACGCUGCCCGGUGCAGGCGCAGGCAUCAAGUUCUAUCUGUACCCUGACAUCAGCCGUCUCGAGGACCCGCAGGUAUGGAUUGAUGCUGGGACCCAAAUAUUCUUCUCCUAUGCCAUCUGCCUGGGGGCCAUGACCUCUCUGGGGAGCUACAACAAGUACAAGUACAACUCGUACAGGGACUGUAUGCUGCUGGGAUGCCUGAACAGUGGUACCAGUUUUGUGUCUGGCUUCGCAAUUUUUUCCAUCCUGGGCUUCAUGGCACAAGAGCAAGGGGUGGACAUUGCUGAUGUGGCUGAGUCAGGUAUGGUGGUAUUGGUGGCAGUGGUGGUGGGCACUGCCACCUAGUGUGUAAGCCGAGUACUGCAGGCAUGAAGCCAGACCCCAGGGGGCUUGGGGGGGGGGACGAGCCUGGUUUCUGAAACGGACCCCCCCCCACCAAGAUGUCCCCCAAGUAUCAAAGAGUACAAAAGCUAAAUUUUAAGCACUUACAUUGCAAUUUGGCUCAAGGGGCAGCAGAAACGCGGGGGUUGGGUAAGUUGGGGAAUAUUUAGCUACUUUUGCGUGGUCUUCCCUCCCUCUCCUUCCCCAGCAAACUCCUGGUUUCAGCAGCAGAAACCACUUUCCUAACUCAGGCCCAAGCCAGCCACCAGCCGGCAUUCCAUCACCACCUUCUCAGCUUUGGUUUCUGUAUUUUGCACUUUGCUCCCAGCACGCUCCCUCUAGCAAACCCGUUCAUUCAUUCCAUGAUGUUACUGGCGGAGUCUGCCCUGUGUCAGGCACCACCGUAGGCAGCGGGAGAGGGAGAGACAGUGGGCAUGCUGGCCACCCUCUGGGACGGUGACAGAUCCAAUUUGGGCGUAGGUUGGGGGGACAGUGUCACCCCCUCAGGGUGUGGGAUCUGUUGGUGGGGUGCUCCUUCCGGAAGUAGAGGAAAGAGUCUUAGAAUUAUGGACU